GGGAGUUUCUCCUCCUUUGUCUGCUCCCGGCGAGAGCAGCAGCCAGUGCGCGGCAGUGCCGGAGCACCCAGGGAAAGGCCUUGGCAGGAGCCGCAGAGGACGGCGGCCGAGCUUCCCUCUGCUCCGGCACAGCUGCCACCAGCUCGGCCUUGCUGCGCUGGGAGCAAGCCCACCCGCCACGGGCAGCGAUCCCGCGGGGGCCACGCUUUUCAUGACGGAAACCCGAGCGGGGAGCGUCCAGAGCGGGGACUGCAGCUGCGCCUGGGGACGGGGAGGACGGCAGCAUUGGGGACAAGGACACCUGGCCCCCGUCUCCCCUGCAGCACUCGCUGCCGGCCAUGGGAAACGGCAUGAGCCAGAUUCUUCCCGGCCUCUACCUUGGCAACUUCAUCGAUGCCAAAGACCUGGAGCAGCUAAGCCGGAACAAGAUCACCCACAUUGUUUCGAUCCAUGAAUCUCCCCAGCCCUUGCUGCAGGACAUUACCUACCUCCGCAUCCCCCUGCCCGACACCCCUGAGGCCAACAUCAAGAGGCACUUCAAGGAAUGCAUCAGUUUUAUCCACCAGUGUCGCCUGCACGGAGGGAACUGCCUCGUUCACUGCCUUGCUGGCAUCUCUCGCAGCACCACCGUGGUUGUUGCCUACGUCAUGGCUGUCACAGAGCUGAGCUGCCAGGAGGUCCUGGAGGCCAUCCGAACCGUCCGGCCCGUCGCCAACCCCAACCCCGGCUUCAGGCAGCAGCUGGCUGAGUUCAGCGGUGGCGCAGCCCGCAAGGUCCGCAGGCACCUGAAGCAGAGGUAUGGGACAUCCCCUUUUAACGACGAGGAAGAAAUAAAGGCCUUGCUGCCAGUGGGGAGAGGAGGACCAUCCAGGACAGAGGGAGCUCUGCAAGGACUGGUCCCAAGAGCCAGAGACAUCAGGAGCACAACUCCCUUCCUGCUGCGGGUGAAGAGGACGUUCUCCUGCAUCCCAGCUUGUCUGAAGUGACCCCAGCCAAGGGAGAGCACAAGAAUCACCCAACAGCCUGGGAGAGACGAAGGAGCCACAGCACAGCGGGCCGGGGCAUCACUGUGCAGGGGAGCCACGCCAAGCCCAGCUCCUUCUUCUCUUCUGGGGUGUCAGUGUGCCAUCCUCUGUCCUGGCUUUCAGCUGUCGGGGAGGGAUUCAUGUGCACCACCGGGCUUUGCAGCGCUCGGUGGGCUCAGCCUUUUCACAUCCAGCAUAUUGGGGAUGCCUGGUGAAAGGCGCAGGUUUGUGCCCCAAGGUCACUGUGGGCUCCUGCUUGGGGCAGAGUGACAGAAGGGGGUCUUUCCUGCCAUGGAUCCAGCACCCAGGUGAUGCCAGCAGCAGCUUUAGCACUUAGGUACCUGCUGCACAGGCCUCAGGGUGCACAGGGUGCAGGAUAGCUGGCACUCCCCUCAGAGCGGUUUUCCUACCAGCAGCACAAGCUCCCAGAGCCGAGGUGGCUGCGGAGCAGGGAUGCGCGGGUGUAUCAGCAGGUAAUGCCACUGCACCAGCCCCCAGGCAAGGGUCCAGCUCCAGUCCAGCCAAGCACUAGCCCUGAGCGAGCACUGUAGCUUUAGGAGUCCAUUGCACCCCAUUCCUACCCAUCCCAGGGCACAAUAUGUAAAAGGUGGGAACAAAGUGUUUAACUUGGCCAGACCUCACUAAAGCAGAGCCUUAAGCCAUUUUGCUUAAAGACUUUCUAUGUCCCUCCAAUAAUAAACACCUAUUCUCCAUG